AUGACUGGGAAUACAGGGUCGAAUCAGCAAAUCCCAGCUUCCGCAGGCCCAGCGGAGGCCGCAGAGUGCGGGAAUGUGGCGGAAGAUAUUAGAGUCGAGGAGGCAGGCGCAGCAGGGACAGUGAAAACGGCGGGCGACGAGGAAAAACCUUCCCUGUGUGUCGCAGAUGCGGCGGAAGCCUCGCCGCCAGCGGCGGAGACCGCCACAGCGGCAGGGGGAGAGAGAGCGGCGGCGCAGGGGGAGGCGGAGAUUGCGGCGGUACCGGCGCCGUUGCUGCCUGCUAAGCGGUCUCGGGAGGAUGGGGACGAGGGCGCUGCUGCUGCUGCGGUUGCCGUGGGUAGCGGUAGCGCAGCGCAUGGCGGUGAUCGCGGUACAGCUGAGGCGCGAGUUCCGGCAGAAAAGGCGGGAGGGGCGGCUGCGGCGGAGGAGAAGACGGGAUCGCAGGAGGGGAUUGGUGGUCAGGGAAAAAAGAAAAAGGCACGGCGGCGGCGCGUGCAGUGGGACGAGGGCAACCUGGCGUACUGGGAGGAGCACCGCACGCCGCGGCAGCGCAUCGACGAGCCCAAGACGCCCUUCCACUCCCUGGGGCCCGACUCCGAGGAAGAGCACCUUCCUGGAAGCAGCACGGCAGGUGCAGCCACAGCAGGCGCAGGAACCGCAGGAGGGUCAGGAGCAGCAAGAGUGGGAGGGAGCAGUCGAGUGAGCGAGUGGACGUCAUCAGAGGACGAAGGGGAUCACUCUGAGUUUGAACGAUGGAUGGAGGAGCAAGGCCACGCAUACAAAGACCCAGCAACUCUCGCUGCUGCUGUUGCUGCCGGCACUGCUCCAGCCUCCUUACUUGCCCAAUCCCCCCUGUUACCUGCCCCGUUCCUCCCUCCCUCUCCACCAGAAGCGAACAUAUACUACAGCACAGGGCGGGACAAGGGGAAGGGCAAGGAGCCAAUGGGGAGUGUGGCACAGAGCUUCAGGGAGCACAGGAAGCGACACUAUGACGAGUUCAAGAAGAUGAAGCUGCUGCAGGCAGAGAGGGCAGAGGCAGGGGAGGAUGCAGGGGACGAUGGGAAUGGGCUUGCGCAACAGGAGGGGGAACCUGGUGGUGCCGAUCCUGCUGCUGCGGCUACUGCUGCUAAUGGUGACGGUGGUGCCAAAAUGUCAUCGGACGCGUCGAAUCCGUCGCAGUACGUGAAGCUGAAGAAGGAGUACAUCACGGACCAACCAGACACGGAGCCUGGCGAGCUCAGCCAACCCGUGGAGGUUCCUCAGCUGGAUGUGCAGCGGUGCUUCGAAUGCGGCCAAAUCCUGCCGCAGUCGUACGAGCCGCCGCAGGACGAGCCGUGGAGCACGGGCAUCUUCGCGUGCUUCAAGGAUCAACGCAGCUGCAUCCAAGGUUUGUUCUGCCCGUGCGUGCUCUUCGGCAAGAACGUGGAGGCGCUGCGCGACGACAUCCCGUGGUCGGCGGCGUGCGCGUGCCACGUGCUGUGCAUCGAGGGCGGCGUGGCGCUGGGGUCGGCGCUGCUGUGCUGCCCCGCGUACAUCACGGUGGACCCACAGACGCUCUUCCUGCUGGGCGAAACGCUCUUCUUCUGCUGGUGGAUGUGCGGCAUCUACACGGGGCUGUUUCGACAGGAGCUGCAGAAGAAAUACCACCUCAAGAACGCGCCAUGCGACCCGUGCUGCGUGCACUGCAUCCUGCACCCGUGUGCGCUGUGCCAGGAGCACAGGGAGAUGGUGAUUCGCCUGCCAGUGCUUGACGAGGGUGUCAGCCUCAACCCACCACCGCAGCAGGAAAUGGCUGCUGUGGGUGGUGAUGCUGCUGCUGCAGCACCCAAUGGGUCAGGGGAGGGUGUCAGGGAAAGCUAA